UAGCAACAAAAGGCACCAUCCUAUCCUAUACCUCUCUCCAAUGCAUAUUGCUGAGAGAGUGAUCAAGGGUUUCCAGAUAACGGACCCAGAGUUGACCGUGCGGCAGAGGGAAAAGAAGUACGAAGAAAACAUGAAAGAGGAGAAGAAGAAAUUGUCAAGGUACAUCUUUGAGGUAAUGAAGAAGCUCAACCCGGAUGGGCCGCAUUGUAUUAUGGCUGCCUACCACUUUGGAAAUGACCUAGCCGGCGGCCACUGGGUUGCCUUCCUCGUCUAUCCUCAAGAUGGCCGGGCUGUUAUAUUUGACUCGUUACAGGUACCGAACAGAAAGGGGUACAAGGCCUUCGAAGACUGCUUGAAAAAGUAAGCCACCGAGCUUCUUGAUCCUUUACGGUUAUCGUAUUCAAAUUGACGCUAACACUAAUACACUUCGUGCAGCGCUUAUAGUGCAUAUCUCAAGGAUCCGCAAUGCUGGGAUCGGAGAACGGAGAAAU